AUGAUGGAGGAGGCGACCGGCAGCGAGGAGGAGCAGAGCCGCCUGGGCAACGGCGUGGGGAGCCCUGCCGAGGCUGCCAUGGACGGCUACUUGCGAUCUCAGGGAUUGUACCGCAAGCGAGUGGCGAAGGACGGGUCGUGCCUCUUCCGAGCGGUGGCGGAGCAGGUUUUCCACUCGCAGAUUCAGCAUCUUGAUGUUAGGAUGGCCUGUAUAAACUAUCUGUGGAAAAACAGAGAGAAAUUUGAAGCGUUUAUAGAGGGGCCAUUUGAGGAACAUCUGAAGCAUCUGGAAAAUCCACAGGAAUGGGUUGGACAAGUUGAAAUAAGUGCCCUUUCUCUUAUGUUCAAAAAAGAUUUUAUAAUAUAUCAGGAACCAAACUACACUCCUUCUUAUGUAACCGAAAAUGGCUUUCCCGACAAGAUAUUGCUGUGUUUUUCAAAUAGCAAUCACUAUGAUAUUGUCUAUCCUAUAGACUACAAAAUCAAGGCUGCUCUUUGUCAGUCUAUUUUGUAUGAAUUGCUAUACGAAAAAGUACUUGACGUUGAUGUGAAUAAAGUCUUAGAAGAACUGAGCCAUGGUGAUUUGAUUAAGAAUGGCAGAGGGAGCACCAAAGAAUCUGAUUCGGAGGGUGAAGAUCCAGAAAGUGAAAGGGCUGUAACAAGUUAUACAAAUGGCAAGAAGCUUCAUAAACAUGGGAAAUCUCACAAUGUGAUGAGUUUGCCUGGAAAGGUUCUUCGUUCCCUUAAUCCAUUAGUUUACCAAAAUAUUGAAUAUGAAGUCUGGCGGCAGUCAAAAAUAGAUCAGCAAAAACAAGAUUUUUCUAUUGCUGCUGGCAUGCAGUAUUCAGUUGGAGAUAAAUGUAAAGUAUAUUUAGAUCACAGUGGAAGGUAUUAUAAUGCUCACAUUCAAGAAGUCCAGUCUGCAGAUGGACCAGUUAUUGUUUUUGUGGAAGAACUUGGUGUUAAGCAUUCAGUACUGCUAAGAAACCUUAAACCUCUUCCACAGGGAACUCCUUUGGAAACCUGGAGCACAGUACCAGGGAAGAAAAUUAAAAAAACAGCUUCGGUGCAAGGACAAAAUGUUCAGACUGAUACAGAUUGCAGAGGAUCCAAAAAUCCAAACAAGCUAAUAAAAACUACAUCAGGUCUGCCUCCUCGAAUGCAAACCACAAGACAGCAUCACUUGCCCAGUUUGGGGAUGUCUUCUCAACAAUCUUCUGCUCAUCAUAAAACGCAAGGCAGAAAUCCUUUGCAAGCUGUUAGAAAAACAGAUUGCGAGACAGUGCAAGAAUUGGACCACCCAAACAAGAAUUGUAAUGCUGGUCUUUCUCCAGAGGAACAUGAAGAGAAAGAAGCUGUAAAUGAAGUUAAUUCACUUUAUGAAAUUCAGUUCCAGGAUAAAGAAGCUUUCCCUGCACUUUUGAAUCCACCUGUGUCUCAAGUAGCUACACAGACUAAUGAGACCUUUGCAUGGCAAACACCCCAAGUUCCUAAUGGGAGAAGAAUCGGCAACAUGAAGGAAGAACAGGUGACAAAAAAUAAAGAUGCAAAGGAUGAGAAAGUGUCUAAUCUUGAGCAGAUUCUUGCAGAUCAGAAGUUGGAUCCCAGAAUGUCUAUGGACACUAAGAAGGAUAUAGCUGCUGCAGGUAUAUUAUCUCCCUCAAGCAAUGGAAAUAUUCAUUCACUACCGAUUGAGCAAGUAAGAGAUGAACCUUUAUCAGGUAUAAAUGCUACCCCAUCUCCAACUGUUCCUGAAAUACAUUUGCCUCCCACUGUGCCUUCUGUACCAGCUCUUUUGCCCGCUUGGUCAAGUGAGUCAAUAGACUACGGAUUAACAGGUGUUCCGUCCCAAAUCCCUGUGUCCUCUGUGAUGGCAACACCAACCAUUGGACUAGAUUCAACUCUGAGUCAGGCAACCUCCAAUCCAGUUGCUGCCAUUCCAGUAACACUCCAAGCAGUUAAUCAGCCUUUAAUACCUAUGCCUCAAACACUGAAUCUUUAUCAGGAUCCCUUGUACCCAGGAUUCCCAAUAAAUGAAAAGGGGGAACGAGUUAUUACUCCUCCAUACUCCUUGUGUGGUACAGGAGAAGAUCUACCAAAUGAUAAAAAUAUACUCAGAUUUUUCUUCAAUCUUGGUGUAAAGGCAUACAGCUGUCCCAUGUGGGCGCCGCACUCAUAUUUAUACCCUCUACAUCAAGCUUACCUGAAUGCCUGUAGAAUGUACCCAAAGGUGCCAGUCACAAUGUAUUCUCAUCACCCUUGGAUGCAGGACAUACCUUUGACUCAGAAUGAAAAUGAACAAAUAGAUGGUCCAUUCCAUGAACCAAAUGGCAUCAGAAUCAAUGGACAAAGUCUGCAGACUGAUACUAUGUCUUCUCCCAUGCCCCUGUUUAUACAUGCUACCCAAGUGCCUGAAAGUCAAGGACUUGUCUGCGUAGAGUCUGAGAAUCCAGAACAAGCAUUACACGCUGAUUAUGAGGAGUCCCUAGGAAGUAAAAAUAUAUUUCCACAACCUCCAUUUGGGCAGAAUCCAUUUUUAGGUUCUGUACCACUUACAUCAGUUUUCCCUCAAUUUUGGUAUGGAUAUCCUGUUCCAAGUUACAUUGAAGAUUCUGGAUUGAGGCAAGUUGUGCCACCUGAGGCCAAGAGAGGUGAUACGGUUUUGUCUGAGGAGGAAACUUCUUCAGUUCCAGUUGCUGAAUGUGCCGAGCCACUUCAGAAAGCCAAGAGUGAAAGAAAUCUCCAAGGCAUACCUCUCCCUAAAACUGCCAUCAAAAAUGAAUAUAAUAUCCUAAAUAAAACCUCAGCCCGAGUGCCUAAAGAUCAGCAGACCUGUCCUGCUAUCCUACCUACUACACAAACAAAACCUCUACUCCAAACCCCCCCUCCCACAGAAGCGCAGGACAUCAGGAGACAAACAUCAACUUCAAAAUCUGAAUUUAAAAAUGUUCUUGGCCAUAAAGAAAAGGUUAAGUCUAAUGCAUAUAUAUCAGUAAGUGGGGAGGAAAGUAGAAGACCAAGGGCAAGGGAAGAGAGCUCUGAAGAUGAGCAUGAAGUAUCUGAUAUGCUUAGAAGUGGCCGCUCAAAACAAUUUUAUAAUCAGACUUGUGGUGGUAGACGACCUAGAAGUGAAAGGAGCUACCUACCUGGGAGAGGAGGCUAUCAGUAUCCAAAAAAUGAGGAACCAUGGAAGGGGUCAUCUACUGGAAAUAGAGGGGAAAGCUCGCAUUAUCACCGCAAUUUCAGAGGGCGGCCAUAUCGGAAUGAGAGGAGGAGAUCAAACAUGGGAAAUAGUCAUCGAGGGCUACAAUUGUUUUAACUGUCAAAAUCUAGACAUUCAACAUAUAAAUGCUGAGAUAUAUACUCAAGGCAUAUAUUUCUGCUUUUGUUAAAUAUCAGAAAAUUAUUUUUGUUUUGCCAAAGAUGUGAGGCCUUUCAGAAAUUUUAAGUGGUUAGGUAUAACUUUUGGCAAUUGAUAAAAACUAAUUUUGCUUUGUUUAAUUUCUUAAGACUAAAUACUAUUGUGUUUGAAACAUAAAAAGUGUGUUUUUGUUUGAGUUUUAUUUUUCCCAUAAAGAUUUAAGUUUGUGAUAGGGAAGAAAAAGAAGCUAUAGUGAAAAGUUACUAUGGUUAUUUCAUACCUGAUGAUAAAGAACAAUGCAGUAAAUAUACUGUAUAGCAUAGCCUAUGGUAUGUUGAGUCUGAGGACUCUCAAAUCACUAGACUUAUUUUUGAUAUGCUUCCAAUCCAAAGCUUUUCAUCUCAAAAAAACUUGUGAAACUUGAAUGUGUGAGAUUUCAUUUUGCUUCAUUUAAAAUACCUUAUUUUUUUUUGCAAUCACUAUUUUUGUGUCUUAAGAUGGUUUAUUGUGUUUUAUCCAUAAUGGUUGUGUGUGUCUGUGUGUACGUAUUUUUGAACUACUUAAAACAAUCAAGAAACUCCAUAUAUCACGUGGGUAGUAUACUCAAUUUGGUGAUGAAUUCUUCCAAGGAGUCCUAAUGCAGGAAUGACUAUAAUAGUGCCUAUGCGAAAAUAUGUAUAUAAGACAAAAGUAGAUGCUGUGCAUUUCCAAAAUAAUUUUACACAACUGUUACAAAUGAACUUUUGAGAUAGUUUUGCACUGAAAAUUCUUUAAAUGAACUGUGGGAGAGAUGCAUGAAAUAGAUUAAACAGCAUUUGUCUUGUAC